CUCGGAGGUGCCGCAGUGUCGCCCGCCUCUUCCCAGCCUCAGGGCUCCUUCUCCGCCGGUGGCCGCACCCGCUCCGGCCACGAUGAGCUUCAGCGGCGCCGACGCGCUGCUGGGCGCCUUCGCGCCGCUUCACGGAGGCGGCAGCUUGCACUAUGCGCUGGCUCGCAAAGGCGGCGCGGCCGGAGCGCGCUCUGCAACCGGCUCCUCCAGCGGAUUCCACUCCUGGGCGCGGACCUCCGUGAGCUCCGUGUCGGCCUCCCCAAGCCGCUUCCGAGGCGCCGGGACUGCCUCCAGCACCGACUCGCUAGACACCCUGAGCAACGGACCGGAGGGCUGCAUGGUGGUGGCGCGCAGCGAGAAGGAGCAGCUGCAGGCGCUGAACGACCGCUUCGCGGGCUACAUCGACAAGGUGCGGCAGCUCGAGGCGCAUAACCGCAGCCUGGAGGGCGAGGCGGCGGCGCUGCGGCAGCAGCAGGCGGGCCGCGCCGCCAUGGGCGAGCUGUACGAGCGCGAGGUGCGCGAGAUGCGCGGCGCGGUGCUGCGCUUGGGCGCGGCUCGCGGCCAGCUGCGCCUGGAGCAGGAGCACCUGCUGGAGGACAUCGCGCACGUGCGCCAGCGCCUGGACGACGAGGCCCGGCAGCGCGAGGAGACCGAGGCAGCGACGCGCGCACUGGCCCGCUUUGCGCAGGAGGCCGAGGCAGCGCGCGUCGAGCUGCAGAAAAAGGCGCAAGCCCUGCAGGAAGAGUGCGGCUACCUGCGGCGUCACCACCAGGAGGAGGUGGGCGAGCUGCUCGGUCAGAUUCAGAGCAGCAGCGCCGCGCAGACGCAGGCCGAGGCGCGCGAUGCCCUGAAGUGCGACGUGACGUCGGCCCUGCGCGAGAUCCGCGCGCAGCUUGAAGGCCACACGGUGCAGAGCACGCUCCAGUCCGAGGAGUGGUUCCGAGUGAGGCUGGACCGACUGUCUGAGGCAGCCAAGGUGAACACAGACGCCAUGCGCUCAGCACAGGAGGAGAUAUCUGAGUACCGGCGCCAGCUGCAGGCCAGGACCACAGAGCUGGAGACGCUCAAAAGCACCAAGGACUCGCUGGAGAGGCAGCGCUCUGAGCUGGAGGACCGUCACCAGGCUGACAUCGCAUCCUACCAGGAGGCCAUCCAGCAGCUGGAUGCAGAGCUGAGGAACACCAAGUGGGAGAUGGCGGCCCAGCUCCGAGAGUACCAGGACCUACUCAAUGUCAAGAUGGCUCUGGACAUUGAGAUCGCUGCUUACAGAAAACUCCUGGAGGGCGAGGAGUGUCGGAUCGGCUUUGGCCCGAGUCCUUUCCUCCUUCCAGAAGGACUCCCCAAGAUCCCCUCCGUGUCCACUCACAUCAAAGUCAAAAGUGAAGAGAAGAUCAAGAUGGUGGAAAAGUCAGAGAAGGAAACUGUGAUUGUGGAGGAACAGACAGAGGAGGUCCAGGUGACGGAGGAAGUGACUGAAGAGGAGGAGAAAGAGGCCAAAGAGGAGGGAGGAGAAGAAGCAACACGGGCUCCCCCAGCAGAAGAGGCCGCAUCCCCAGAGAAGGAGGAGGCCAAGUCCCCAGCCGAGGCCAAGUCCCCUGCGAAGGAGGAGGCCAAGUCCCCAGAGAAGGAGGAGGCCAAGUCACCAGCUGAGGUGAAGUCCCCUGAGAAGGCCAAGUCCCCCGUGGAGGCCAAGUCCCCAGAGAAAGCCAAGUCCCCCGUGGAAGCCAAAUCCCCAGAGAAAGCCAAGUCCCCAGUGGAGGCCAAGUCUCCAGAAAAGGCCAAGUCCCCCAUGAAGGAAGAGGCCAAGUCCCCAGAGAAGGUCAAAUCUCCAGUGGAGGCCAAGUCCCCAGAGAAGGAGGAGGCCAAGUCCCCAGAGAAGGCCAAGUCCCCAAUGGAGGCUAAGUCCCCUGUGAAGGAGGAGGCCAAGUCCCCAGAGAAGGCCAAGUCCCCAGUGGAGGCCAAGUCCCCGGAGAAGGCCAAGUCCCCUGUGAAGGAAGAGGCCAAGUCCCCAGAGAAGGCCAAGUCCCCAGUGGAGGCUAAGUCCCCUGUGAAGGAGGAGGCCAAGUCCCCAGAGAAGGCCAAGUCUCCAGUGGAGGCCAAGUCCCCAGAGAAGGCCAAGUCUCCUGUGAAAGAGGAGGCCAAGUCCCCAGAGAAGGCCAAGUCUCCAGUGGAGGCCAAGUCCCCAGAGAAGGCCAAGUCUCCUGUGAAAGAGGAGGCCAAGUCCCCAGAGAAGGCCAAGUCUCCUACGAAGGAGGCCAAGUCCCCAGAGAAGGCCAAGUCUCCUGCGAAGGAGGAGGCCAAGUCCCCAGAGAAGGCCAAGUCUCCUGUGAAAGAGGAGGCCAAGUCCCCAGAGAAGGCCAAGUCUCCUACGAAGGAGGAGGCCAAGUCCCCAGAGAAGGCCAAGUCUCCUGUGAAGGAGGAGGCCAAGUCCCCAGAGAAGGCCAAGUCUCCUGUGAAGGAGGAGGCCAAGUCCCCAGAGAAGGCCAAGUCCCCAGUGGAGGCCAAGUCCCCAGAGAAGCCCAAAAGCCCUGUGAAGGAGGAGGCCAAAUCCCCAGAGAAGGCCAAGUCUCCUGUGAAGGAUGAGGCCAAGGCUCCUGGGAAGGAGGUCCCAAAGAAGGAGGAGGCCAAGUCCCCUGUGAAGGAGGAAGAAAAACCCCAGGAGGUGAGAGCCAAAGAGCCCCCAAAGAAGGCAGAGGAAGAGAAAGCUCCAGCCAUACCCAAAGCUGAGGAGAAGAAGGAUAGCAAGAAAGAUGAGGUGCCCAAGAAGGAGGCUCCAAAGCCUGAGGAGAAGAAGGAGCCUGCGGUAGAAAAGCCCAAAGAACCCAAAGCUGAAGCCAAGAAGGAAGAGGCUGAAGAUAAGAAAAAGGCAACCACCCCAGAGAAGGAGGCCCCUGCCAAGGGGAAGGAAGAGGCCAAACCUAAAGAGAAGACUGAGGUGGCCAAGAAGGAACCAGAUGAUGCCAAGGCCAAAGAACCCAGCAAAGCAGCAGAAAAGCCAAAGAAAGAAGAGACGCCAGCAGCACCAGAGAAAAAAGACGCCAAGGAGGGGAAGGCCGCAGAAGCCAAGAAGCCUGAGGAGAAACCCAAAACAGAGGCCCAAGCCAAGGAACCUGGCAAGGAGGCCUCCACACCUGGGAAAGCCAAGGCUGAGAAAUCCUCCAGCACAGACCAGAAAGACAGCAGACCUGCAGAGAAGGCUGCAGAAGAUAAGGCCACCAAGGGGGAGAAGUAAGGCAGGGAGAAGGGAUCGUUCAGAGCAGCCAAAGAAACUCAGGGGGGUCUGGGAGCUCAAGGGUCAGCAUCACAAAUUUUCACUUUUUUCUCUCUUUUCUUUAAGAAGAAACUCUGCUUAGACAACAGGCCCUCCUUCACCAAACAGGAAUUUCUAUUAGCAAUAUGUUAGCAAGAGAGGGUCCUCCCAACUCCCAGCCCCAUGGCCCAAACCCUCCCUAGGCGAUGGGCAAUUAUGUUAUGAUAGCUUAUGUAGCCGAAUGUGAUAUAUGCCGAAUGCCACACGUAAACACUUGACUAUACAGACUGCCCCCUCCUCUCAAAUAAGUGCAUUUAUUUCCUGUAUGUGCAACUGACAGAUGACCGCAAUAAUGAAUGAGCAGUUAGAAACACAUUAUGCUUGAGAUGUCUUAACCUAUUCCUGAAUGCCUUCUAUUUUCCAAAGGGGUGGUUGAGUCCUUGCCUAAAGCUCUCUGUCCCGGAAGAGCUGCAGCAGGUGGGGCUGGGCGCUGACCACUGUACCACGCCAGGGAGCACUUUUCCACUGGAGUCCUCUUUCAAUUGCUUCUGUGCAAUAAAACCAAGUGCUUAUAAAAUAGAAA